AUGUCUGUUUCGAGCCAACAUGAAGGUCUAUGUCUCCGUUAUCCCGAACCUCUGGGGCCCCAUGCCAAUGUCACCUAUGAGGUUGCCGUCUCGAUGCUCUUGCGUGCCAUCCAGCUCGCACAACAUACACCUUUCGUGUGGGGAUAUAUAGACAAACCACAAGAGGGUCACUUAUACCUGAUAUUCAUGACGCAACAACUGCCGUUCCCCCCGGAUGGCAUACGGUAUCAGGAUCAAGAGCAGAAGAUGAUCAUACCGGCGGGGCCCGGGAGGGAGCUGGAAAUUAUGGAGAUCAAAUUCGGCUUCAUCCCGAACUCAACAGACACAACAGCUUGCAGGGUCCGGAGACGUUACCGGAUGAACAAGGGUGGCCAUCCACAAUUGGUACUCAUCCAUUACGGCCGUGGGCAACCAAUGUCCAUAAUGCCAAACCUUAACCAGCCCGUACGCAACUAUCCGCUACGUCCCAUACACGAGCCAGCACUCUUCGUUGUUGGUGAGAAGAUGGGUCAGAAGGUCUACCCUAACCAACAUCCAGGAUCCGCGGAGCGACCAGGCCCUCCAGGCAUGGGCAUCGGGUUCGGUGGGAUAGGCAACUCUCAGGCCAUGCUCGCACAGCAAAACAGCAACCUUGAGGCAUUGGAGCGGCGAAGUCAGCGGGAUCGCAGCGCGAGCAUGAACGCCCGCGCGCCACCACCAGCUCGAGUGGAGGACGACGAUUCCGCAGAUGAAUCAGACAUGAUAUCCACUCGCACACUCGCCAUGACGAGGUAUAAGCGGAAUCACGAAUUCAUGAACGAGGUCUUCAUGUAUGCUGCGUUCAGUCACAAGAAGGGGUUUCCACCACCCAAAUCUCCGUAUUCCGUCUUCAACAAAACCGACGUGGAGGCCACCGUUACAAAGUUCUCAGCUGAGAUUGACGAACUUCGUGCCAAGGCGGAGGCGCGAAGAGAAGCGAGAUCGAACGCAGACGGUGCCGUGGGGGAUGAGUCGGGAGAUGUCUCCAUGGAUGCGGAGGAGGUCGCAACAUGA